AGAAUAUAAAAUAAACGAGUCGAUGGUUCGCAAGUGGAGGAAGCUGGAGAACGAGCUCCGACAGGUGAAGAAGACUCAGCUGAGUUUCCGCGGACAUAAGGCGAGGUGGCCGGAGUUGGAGGAAAGACUCGAGCUAUGGAUCGUCGAGCAAAGAGCGAGCGGGAGGAGCGUUUCGACUGUCACCAUCCGACUCAAAGCAGUAACGCUAGCAGAGGAAAUGAAAAUUGAACAUUUCCAAGGAGGUCCGUCUUGGUGCUGGCGUUUUAUGAAACGGUGCCAUUUUUCCAUCCGGACCAGGACUACGGUAGCGCAGCGACGUCCGGCGGAUUAUUCUGAAAAGCUGGCGAACUUUCGGUCCUACUGCGAGAAGCACAUCGCCGACAAGCGCAUCCAGCCGAGCCACAUCACCAACAUGGACGAGCCGACCAGUCUUCCCACGGACAGCUUGGAUAAUGGUGCAACUGCAAAGAAGGAGCGACUCCAUCCAGCAAACAUCACACUGGAAAAGUCAGAUGGAGAUGGAGAGUUAGCAGCAAGAUUAGCCUCAGCCACCAAAGAAGAGGCGAUGCUCAACGGCACUGAAUUGGACAACAAAACGCACAACAGCCCAUCACAGCACAGCUCAACGGGCAGCAACAAGACUUUACUGCUAGCCAAUGAAAAUGGCAUUCCAGACACGGAGCCGCUACAUGGAUCUGUAACUGGAAGUAAUGGAUUUAUUCUUACUAAGCAGCAUCAGGAGAGGGAAAGUGGAAGUACAGCGGUGUCUGGAUCUGGAUCAGGACUUUCCCCUCGCAGGACUAACUGUUUAUCUCCCAGUAUGUCAACAGGGGGUGACUCUGUCAAACCUGGACUUGUCACAGAACCAGCGAGUUCACAGACUUUGGCUGUAAGAAGGACUGACCCCAGUGCGGGGACACAGUUAGGACAGGGUCUAUCGGACACUAAAAAUGGCACAGUUCCUUCUCCUUUGCCUGUCACAAUUCACAGAGCACGAAAAACCAUGUCCAGGCCUGCUGUCAGCCUGGCACAAAAGCUUCUAAACAGGGAAUUAAGAGAAGCAAAAAGUGCCAACGCUGAGAGAAUGGAGACUCAAGCUGCUCCUGAGCUUCAGAAAUCCUUGCCACAGUCCACUUCUCAGAACCAUCUACCUCAGAACCCACUAGAUUGGCCAGCUUCAGCACCAACACCGUUAUCUGCUUCACCAGCUGCUGCUCCUCCACCACUGCUGCUGCUAUCACCACCUACUGCAGUAUCCACACCAGGUCCAGCCUCUGGAGGGUUGUCGUCUCGUAAGAAGAAGAGGAAAAUGGGAACGUACAGUCUGGUUCCCAGGAAGAAAACUAAAGUGUUGAGGCAGAGAACCGUGCUAGAGAUGUUCAAGAACCUCCAGAAGCCAGCUGAAAGUUCACAGACUAAAGAUAUGUCAAACAUAAACGGGGAGAAGGAGGAAAAUGCUUCAGAGGAGGAAGAGUCAGAGGAUAUGGAGUCUGAAGAAGAGGAGGGACAGCAGACGUCAGAAGAAUCUGUUAGUGUUGUUCAGGACCCGACGUCUGCCCCAGUUUCUCAGGUGGAGGAGCAGGAGACUGAAGACUCAGAAGAUGAGGAAGAAGCCCAAGUGGAGGAGGGCACGGAGUCCGACAUGAGCUCUGAGUCAGGUUUGAAGAAGAAGUUGAAGAAGAAAAUCAAAGGUGACAGUCCGUGGCUCCGGCCGUCCAGGAAACGGAAGAGGAAGCUGAAGACCAAAGACCUGGAGCUGGCUGCUCAGCCUCAGGACUCAGCUGAGUCUCUUACAGAUGACAGGACAGAGUACAAACAUAUCCAUUCUCCCGAGUCUGCUGUUGCCUCACAGAACGAAGGUGAGAGCAGGAGAAAAUCUAGGUUGACACCUAAAGGAUCAAUCGUGGAGGAGGCUCAGGAGCUUCCUCUCUGCAGCUGCCGCAUGGAGACGCCCAAAAGUCGAGAGAUCCUCACCCUGGCUGACAGGAAGUGCAUGGCAACAGAGAGCGUGGACGGACAGCUGAGCCGCUGCCAGGGUGCAAUCCUUAAACAUGAGAUGAUGCGUCCCUCCAACUCCGUCCAGCUGCUGGUGCUGUGCGAGGAUCACCGUAACGGCAUGGUGAAGCAUCAGUGCUGUCCUGGCUGUGGCUUCUUCUGUAGGGCUGGGACCUUCAUGGAGUGCCAACCAGACAUCAACAUCUCCCACCGCUUCCAUCGCGCCUGUGCCUCAAUGCUAAAAGGUCAGAGUUUCUGUCCGCACUGUGGAGAGGAGGCCGGCAAGGCCAAGGAGGUGACCAUCGCCAAAGCGGACACCACCUCCACUGUUCCCACUGUGCUCACCAACGGACCUAUCACACCUGGUGCCCAAGAGGGACGAGCAGACACUACAACUGGCAGCUCCUCUCGUUUGUCUGUUGGUUCUGACAUCAGUGGUCGGGCGGACAGUUCACUCUCUAUUCGCUUUGACUCUGCUCUUCCUGGAUCAUCUCGAAAUGCAACCCUGCAGGCCAGUGUAGGAAGUACACCCUCACCGAUGGUAUCCCAUGGUGCAACCAGAGAAACCCUGGAGAGCAUCCUCAUCGCCCUGGACACAGAGAAACCUAAGAAGCUGCGAUUUCAUCCCAAACAGCUUUACGUCUCAGCCAAACAGGGAGAGCUGAAGAGGGUCGUUAUGAUGUUAGUGGACGGCAUGGAUCCCAACUUUAAGAUGGAAUCACAGAACAAGCGAACGCCUCUUCAUGCUGCAGCUGAAGGAGGAUUCAGAGAGAUAUGUCAUAUGCUCGUACAGGCUGGUGCCAAUCUGGACAUGUGUGACGAUGACCAGCGAACGCCACUGAUGGAGGCCUGUGAGAACAACCACAUGGAAACUGUUCUGUACCUGCUGAGAGCUGGAGCCAGCGCUACACACAAGGAUGUUGAAGGUUUUACGUGUCUCCAUCUAGCGGCAAAAUCUGGACAUUACAACAUUGUGGAGCACCUGCUCUCAACAGGACUCAUCAGCAUCAACUGUCAGGAUGAUGGAGGUUGGACUGCUAUGAUCUGGGCCACAGAAUACAAACAUGCGGACCAGGUAAAGCUGCUUCUGUCCAAAGGAGCUGAUGGCAGCAUUAGAGACAAGGAAGAGAACAUCUGUCUUCACUGGGCAGCCUUCUCUGGCAGCGUGGAGAUCGCAGAGCAGCUGUUGAACGCUCACUGUGAUCUACAGGCCGUCAACAUCCACGGAGACUCUCCUUUGCACAUCGCUGCUAGGGAGAAUCGUCUGGACUGUGUCACGCUGUUCCUGUCGCGUGGAGCCGACGUGUUCUUGAAGAACCGCGAGGGAGAAACACCUCCCGACUGCUGCAGCCACAACAGUAGAGCCUGGGCAGCUCUGCAGGCAAACAGGAAGGAGAAGGAGAGCAAGAACCACGGGCUCAGUCCAGCAGAAAAUAAAGUCCUUCAUAGUGACAUCACUCUGGGUCGGGAGAAAGUUCCUAUCCCGUGUGUCAACUCUGUGGACAGCGAACCGUACCCUGAGAACUACAAGUACAUCUCAGAAAACUGUGUCACCUCACCCAUGAACAUAGACAGAAACAUCACACACCUGCAGUACUGUGUCUGUAAAGAAGAUUGUUCUACAAGUAUCUGUAUGUGUGGACAGCUCAGUUUGCGCUGCUGGUACGACAAGAGCGGGUGUCUUCUCCCGGAAUUCUGCCGUGAGGAGCCCCCCCUUAUCUUUGAGUGUAAUCACGCCUGUUCCUGCUGGAAAACCUGCAAGAACCGUGUAGUGCAAAAUGGACUCAGGACCAGACUCCAGCUCUUCAGGACCAGUAAAAAGGGCUGGGGGGUCCGGGCUCUGCAGGACAUUCCACAGGGAACCUUUGUGUGCGAGUAUGUCCUGUUGUUCAAAACGUCUGACGGCGUCUUAGAGUCCCUGGAAACUGUAGUUUUAAUUUUUGGAAACUUGGCCUCCACUAGGCCUCCGUAGGAUAAACAGUAACUUUUGACAAAGUCUUUCUUGUUGCAUCUUCUAAAGGUCAGGUUCUUACUACAGUUUUAAAUAUUAAAAACUGCAGUGUAAGAACUAAUACUAAACGGUAUUAGCUAAUCAGUACAUUCUUGAUUGUCUCAUUUCUUCAAACCUUGCGCUGUGUGUGUGUGUGUGU